AAAAGUUAAAGUAAAAAUGGCUUCCUUGUCUUUGGAGCCCACAGAACAAUCCGAAAACAGCCCAGAGGAGCCGACGGCCCCGGAGCCCAAAGCGGAGCAAGACGCGGUCCAAGUUGCGGAAGAAUUGCUCCAAAGUUUCCAGAAGUCAGCUCUGAGUUUUUCCACGGACCAGGUCUCAUGUCUGUGCGAGGCCCUCCUGCAGGCGGGCAAUGUGGAUCGCCUGUGGAGGUUUCUCUCCACCAUACCUCCUUCGUCCGAGCUGCUACGUGGCAACGAGACUCUGCUGAAGGCCCAGGCUCUGGUGGCUUUCCACCGGGAGGAGUUCAAGGAGCUGUACGCCAUCCUGGAGAGCCACGACUUCCACUCGUCCAACCACGGCUUCCUGCAGGACCUGUACCUGAAAGCCCGCUACAAGGAGGCGGAGAGGUCCCGGGGCCGCGGCCUGGGCGCAGUGGACAAGUACCGGCUGAGGAAGAAGUUCCCUUUACCCAAAACCAUCUGGGACGGAGAGGAGACGGUGUACUGCUUCAAGGAGAAGUCCCGGAACGCCUUGAAGGAUUGCUACAAGAACAACCGCUACCCCACACCGGACGAGAAGAAGAACCUGGCCAAAGUCACCGGACUGUCCCUCACACAGGUCAGCAACUGGUUCAAGAACCGCAGGCAGAGGGACAGGACCCCGUCGGGCACCCACAGCAAAAGUGGGUCUGAUGGAAACCACAGCUCCGAGGACGAGGCGAGCGCCAUGGACGACACCCCCGACAAACCGGAGGAGGCUGCUAUCCCCGCAGGGUCCAUCAUCUCUCUCUCUGCAGUCCCCUGCAGCACGGGAGGCCAGCUCAUCCUCAAUGGCUCCAGUGGCUUCCUCACGACCUCUCAGCCAUUGCUGCUCAAUGGCAAUUCCCUGAUCUCCAGCACCGGCGCUGGUGUCAUAAUUAACGGGCUGAGCUUGGGCGAUUGCCAGACAGUCACACUGAGUCCUGUUACAACCAGCCCUCCUUUGAUGCUGAACGGGGCUCAAGUCAUAACCAAAUCCAGUAUGGAUGUGCAGCAGCAACAUCACGCAGCUUCUUUGGCAGAGCAGGUAUCUGCCAUGGAAGCCAAAGCAAGCAGUCUUCCAGCUGCCGUUCUCAGCACCAACACCACUCCAGUCUCAAACCAUCCAUCUGUCAUCUCGCUUUCUUUUCAAACCAAGACAAAGAGUGUUAAUGAAAUCGAUUACAUCAGUGGGCAUGACUCGGAGGGAAGCAGCCAGACAGUGUCUUCCUCCUCUUCAUCUUUAUCUCCCUCUUCACCAACUCUGUCCUCCCCAAGCAGUUUCCCUUCGCUGGUCUUAACACAGAACCUCCAGGAGUCCCUCGCCCUCCCAGCCUCUAUGUCGUCUGCAGGCCUGGUCAUCUCCAGUACUGCUGUGCCUUUCUCCAGUCACCAGAGGGAGGGCGUCGUUUUUUCCAGCACCCAGUUAAAUCCCUCUAUCUCUGUGGUUUCCUCCAGCAGCGCCAUCCCUCAGGUCUUCUCUCUGCCCCAGGUUGUGCCUUCCAUCCAGGGUAUACCGGUAUCCCAGCUUGUCCAGCACUCUUCAGGAGCCCAGGUGUCUCAGUGCCCUCAGUUGGUACCAGUAUCGUCUCUCACAUCAACAGCUCCUCAGUUUCAAAGCCCCUUGACAGUGACCACAGGCAGCAGACUGCACCAGCAGCAGCAGCAGGAUGCUUCAACAACUAGAAAUAUAUUCUCCCUCUCACAGCUUAACAACAGUCAGCUGCAUCAGCAGAUAGCACACCAACUGGGCGACCAGACCACAAACUCCACACCCAUCAAAAUCCAUGCCCCACAUGUCAUGUCCGUCUCCUCCCCAACACAAAUGGUUCAAGUCCCCCAGUCCAAAUAUACCACAGCGACACAGUUAGUCCCGCUCUCCAUGCCCCAGCUGGUCCCUGUCUCCUCCAUCCAGACCUCCCCCACAUUCUCUUUCCCCCAAGUGGUCCCUACCAGUUCCUCUCUCUCUAUGCCCUCUGCUGGAGUGCCCUUACAGAUCCUGACCUCAGCCCCUGCAGCUGGGGCCGCGAUGCAGGGUCCUGUCAGGAUAAACCAGCUGAGGCCUAUUCAGAGCGUGGGUUCCCCGACCAGCAUGGCCCCAGGUGUGCAACUCCUCAACUCUGGGAUCAUCCAGCUGCCCUCUGCUGCUCCAGGUAACCUGCUCCUCGGUGGAAGCCCCUACCUGAGUGUCCAGCAAGGCAAGCUGAUUCUGACCAUCCCUGCAGGCAUUCAACUCACCAGCUUGCCCUUGAAACCAGUCUCAGAAGCUCCAACCAUCUCCACUAAUUGUAUAUUGAGCCCCGCUCUCACCCCCUCCACCCCUCCUGUGUCCUCCCAGCCGCCCACCACCUCAGGUCAAACCCCCAGUGGCCUCACAUUAUCUCCUCUGAACUUCAUUAACUCCUCACCACCAUACUACACUCCAGAGAAUGGGGUUGCGACCAGCCUGACACCUGCCAUCUCCUCCCUUCAUACUCUGGACCAUUCAGUCACCCCCAUGCUGCCAAAUGCUCUUACCCCAGAGAGCAUGCUCACCCUCAGUCCCAUGUACAGUGGAAUCACAGCCAACACCCACUUGUCCCAGCCAGUGUGGAGCCCCUUGCCCCUAUCCACAUCGGCCAAUCUAACUCUGUUCGAUGUCCGCGGCAAGGGGGACCUACCUGUAGACCCGGCUCUGUUAGGCCUCCCUGGAGGAGAGUCGCUGCUUCUGGGAAGCCCCUCUCCAGAGCAGGACGUGGAUGUCGGCUCACCUCUCGGGAAUCCAGAGGACAUGGAUGGGGACUCAAAGAUUCUUACUCAGCUCCAGUCUGUCCCUGUGGACGAUGAGUUGGGCUUGUGAAACCCAAUGAGGCCAAAAAAACAAAACCAUGCAACAAACAGAAGGUUAGAGACCCUGCUGUUUGUUUUUAUUUUUCUAAAAGAUUUUAUUCAACAUUGUGUUGUCUUUUACAGUAAACUGAGGUUCAGACACGUACAAUGAGUCUCUCAGUGGGGCCUGAAGCCAUCAAGGUCUUUGCUGGCACUUUUGAGACAAACCCUCUGCAGCUCUAUUUCACAUGGAUUGGAAAUAGUGAUGAUAUUCAUCUGCUGGUUCAGACACACAUCCGUCUGCUUGGCCCAGUUACAGGUCCUGUAAAAAUCAUACAAAGCAUCACGGCUCUGCAGAAACACUAAGAUGUUCUCUGCAAUUCUAUGAACUGCGUACAAAGUACAGCUGUCGCUGGGAAAAAAGAUGCCUGGGGUUUUUCUCUGGCAGUGGAAGUUGUUCACUGAGGAUCCACCACACAAUAACUACACAGUGAACCGGACUCUCUGGCUAGAGGACAAGUCUUGAAAUAUUUUCCUGACUGUACAAGACUCAAGAGAAUCAGGAGUUAGGUUUUCUUUUUGUUGCUUGAACCCUGAACACAUUGUUCUACCAACACUCCAGGAACUCCCUGAAGUUUUAUUCUUCAAAAGAUGGCUUGAGUUGAGUUGGACGAGCUUUAUGUGAAUCAGCUGAGAUUUGUUUUCCUCAACUAUUAUAUUCUCAAGGAUGAUACAAUGUUUUAUGCAUACAUGUUACUGGAUUCUAGGUUUAAAGAAGGAUCUAGUCAUUUUUCAACCUGGGUAAGAAAUGUCAACUAAAAGCGCUUUUUUCCCCCCAAUUCAAUUUUCGAAUGUUAUUCUAGGUUUUUGCUAAGACUCUGGCAGCAUUACAUAUGUCUCGCUCAACACACAGUUUCACUUGCAAACCUUGCAGCAGCUUGUACCUUCUCUCUUUUUGCCUCUUGCACUCGCUCUUCGAUUUGUUGGAGCUCUUCGUCCGUAUACUCCAGCUCAAACACGUACUUCAUCAACAUUUCCCACAUCAGAAAAAGAUUCAGCCAUAAACGUUUAUCUUAGUGAAAUCCAAACUCUUCUCCCUUUCUCUUUCUCUCUCACUAAUGUUUCAAGUACGUCUUCCUGCAACAAGUCAAGUCUCAUGAGACAGUGAGAGCUCUUGUCAUGUGUAUCAUAUGUUAUGUUGCCAGAUUCUUAGAAAGGGCCCAUAAAACCAAUUUAAGCCCUUUAUUGGUUAACAAAGUGACUUUAGUGGAUAUUUCCCGGACUGUCACAGUUGCCCCAUUAGAUUACAUUGUAGCCACUCCCGCCAUGUUGGCGGGUGCAGGCAGAUACAAUCUACUGCACCAAAUUUGUGGUAUUUGUAAGUAUUAUUUGCAUGUACUCAAUGGAUUCAGUUUACGUGUCAAACAUUUGCACACUCACAUUCAUUAACAUGGAGCCCAGUUUGAAAAAUGCAGGAAUUCCCCUUUAUAGAUCAGCCUACUUCCAUUUUAUCAGUAAACUGUUUUAAAUGACUAAAUGCAGUUUUCACCUGAGGACGCUGCUCUGCAUUAGUAAAGAAUAUGCCACAGGAAAUAAAAGGGUUUAUACUCUAUGCAAUGUGUUUAGUACUUUAUAGGACACUAAGCGACACAGUGGCAGAGUCAAAAGGUCGGUGCUCUUGGGAGAUGAAAAGGAGCUUUGAAAUACUGAGCUUUUAUUAAGAAUCAUUACACUAAAACGUUUGCUGUGACCCCACUAAGUGACACUUACUGUCACACGCAUCCAAAAUCUGUUAAUAUCGACAAGUGCCUUAUUUUAAAACUUCGAGGUUUUUAAAAAUGUUUUUACGUCCACGUUUCUGUAACACUUUGAUCUAUAUUGAAAACCUAAUGUGAUAGUUUUGUUUGUAUAGUCAAACCUGUCUCCUCUUAUUUUUGUAUAUUUUGCACAUUUCAUUCACACAAUGUUUACGCUGUGUUGUGUUGUUGCCGUGAUGUUAUGACAGUGGUGCAACUCAUAGUCUGUUUGGAAAAGUCUUGUUUUUUUCUUAAAUGGGAAAUUGUAAUCUCUAAUUCCAUGAAAAGGUCAAUCAGAAAACAGAAUAAUGAAAUGAUUUAAACGGAUGGAAUUGCUCCUUCAGUUAAAACCUGUCUGAGAUUUAAACUGUCAUAACACAGGUAGCAGUCAAAUCUUUGGCCAAUUAAGGUACACGAAAAUAUACUUCAGUGUUGCAUGUAGUUACAGUUAUGGCUUAUGUGUUGUUUUCUUUAUUAUGGUAUGUUUGUUGUUUGUCUAUUUUGUACAUUUAAUCUAUUUAAAGCAUGUAUCAAUCAGUUUUUUUGUUUUUACUGAGAAAAUGAAUCAUUGGGGAAAGAGAGAGGAUAGGAAAUGAUAUUCAUUUUCACUUGGAACGUCACAUUGUUGCUCAAACUGAGGUUUCACAAUCUCAGACUACAGGUAUUAAAUCAAUUUUGAGGUCAUUAUCAAAUGGUGUUACCCCCCCUCUAGUAAUAAAUUUGAAAGUUGUUUGUUAGAUAGUUAAAUGGCUCAGACAAAUCAAUUGUAGUGUGAAUUUUACUGAUCAGUUAUCAGUUAGGGGUAAAGGGAAAUGUGCUCUUCAUAUAUGAUUGUAGCUUGCAUUUGGUUAUUUGAGCCAUUUCUUGCCAAAGUAUGUCAGUAAAAGCCAAUGAGGGCACAUGCACAUCUGUGGCCCUGCGUUUUUGUAGUGUGGCAUUCGUUUUGUACUCUCCUUCCUGUCACAUCACGAUUAUGACUCCAGAUGUAACCAAAGAUAUUGUAUGUUGAUCAACUUUUUUUUUAAAGCUAUGAAAGGGAUCAUGUGUGUCUGUCGUACAAGGGUUUUUGUUCUCUCAUAUUUGUUUUGUAUUCAAAUGCAUUCUAUUUUUUAUAUUAUAUGAUAUUGUAAUAAACAACAUUUAAAAGAUG